CCUGCUUCGCAAUUUUGAUGAAAAGCGAGGGGCUAGCACGCAAGUGCAGCUCCGCUCUGCCCUCUGACCCCAGCCGCGAGCGACCAGUAAACAAAUGGCAGCCAUGUGAUGUGAUGUGAUGUGAUGCAUGUGAACACCACCGCCACGACGAAUCCCAACGCCUUCUCCUACUAUCUUAAAUAAAUAACGAGUCCGGAGACAUUCAGCUGCGCCUCCCUCCCGCUACUAGUCUUCCUCGUUCCAACUUCUUCUUCCAAAACCCACACAGAUCGAUAGUAGCUCGAAUAAACUAGAGCUCCAGCUUGCAGACGCGCGCGCACCGGCCACGGGCCACCAACCAGCUUACUAUAUAUCCCGCUCCGGCGCCCCACACCCAUUUCGUCAACCCGCGGCGUGUUUCGUCGGAUCGACGUGUUGCUUGCGCGCGGCCGAGCUAGCUAAUCAGUUGCCGAGGUCAUGGCAGCCAUGGCGCCGCCCGCGGAGGUGCCGUCCUACUUCCUCUGCCCGAUCUCGCUGCAGCUCAUGCGCGACCCGGUCACGCUGCCCACCGGCAUCUCCUACGACCGCGCCGCCAUCUCGCGCUGGCUCGCCGCGUCUGCUACGCCGGCCGCUUGCAGCACCAGCCAGCGCACCUGCCCCGUCACGCGCCAGCCGCUCGAGCCGGAGCUCCAGCUCACGCCCAACCACACCCUCCGCCGCCUCAUCGGCUCCUGGGUCGCGUCCGUCUCCCCAGGCUCCGACGUCGAGGGGGAGGUGGCCGCGCUGAGGCCCGUGCGCCGGGACGAGCUCGCGUCGCUGCUCUCCGACGCCGCCGAGGCCCAGGUCGGCGCGCUCAGGAAGCUGGGGGAGCUGGUGGCCGAGUGCGAGGACACGAGGGCAAUGCUGGAGUCCCAGGAUGGCGUGUUCGACGCGCUGUCUCGUGUCCUCACCGGCGCCACCGCUUGCUCCACUGCGCGGGAGGAGGCCGUCGGGGUCCUCGCGUCGCUCCGGAUCCCGGAGCAGGAUCUGGUCCGCGUCGUGUCCAGGCACGGCAACCUGGCGGAGUCCCUCACGGCCGUGCUCCGCUCGUCCAACCUGCAGUCGAGGGCGCAGGCCAUGCGGCUCGUGAGGUCGCUGGCCGACGUCUCCGUGCCGGCCUGGGUGAUCGGGCUGAACCAGGAGCUCCUCGCCGAGGUGAUCCGCGUGGUCCGUGACCGCGUGUCGACGCGCGCCACCAAGGCGGCGCUCCACGCGCUCUCCGCGCUCUGUCCGUACGGCCGGAACCGUGUCAAGAUCGUCGGCGCGGGCGCUGUGCCGGCGCUCGUGGAGCUUCUCCUGGACGAGCCCGAGAGGCGGGUCUGCGAGCUCGCGCUGGCCGUGCUGGACCGGCUGUGCACGUGCGCCGAGGGGCGCGCCGAGCUGGUGGCGCACGCGGCGGGCGUGGUCGUGUUGGGCAAGAAGGUACUGCGGGUGUCGGAGGCGGCCAGCGAGCGGGCGGUGCGCGUGCUGAGGUCCGUCGCACGGCACGCGGCGACGCCAGCCGUGCUGCAGGAGAUGGCGCAGGCCGGCGUCGUGGGCAAGCUGUGCCUGGCGCUGCGGUCCGAGCUGUGCGGGGUCAAGACCAAGGAGAAGGCGCACGAGGUGCUCAAGCUGCACUCCAGGAUCUGGAGAAGCUCACCGUGCUUGUCUCCCAAAUUCUUGGCGCUCUACCCUUCGUGACGAUCAAUGUCUCCCGACGCCCGUCCCGUUCAUCAGAAUGCUCGGCUGUUGAUUCAUUUUUUUUUUCCUUGUGUUGUUGUUACCAUUUCUUUUAAAUUUGCUUGGAUCCGGAGGGCACUGGUUCGUGCCUACAAAAGAGAAAUACAUCACCACCGAGCUUUUUUGGUUGCUCACAUAUUCUUUUGAGGGGAUGAUCCCAUUUGUUUCAUCAUAGAUAAAUAAAUGAUUUUGCCAUGUUUCAUACUCA